UCUCGAGUUCCUGGCGAUUUCUUGGAGGGAUUUAGCCGGGAUCUAUAGGGCAGAGAGAGAGAUUGAAGAAUUGAUAGGUGGUCGAGUUUUGUUUGGCCGAGUGGAUAUAAGCAAGAAAGUCGAAGAGCUUUAUGUUUCCCCUCUUAAAGAAUUAUUGCCAGCGAUGGCCACAGUGAUACGGAGGAGGAGCAGCGGCCACACCGAUACACAGCUGCUGUUCCUGAUUAGAACAGCAAUAAAGGUGCAGUGAAUCGCCACGGGACACUAACCUCUUCGAUUAUCGCAUUUGGAAACCUAUUUUUAGAAUGUCUGAAGGAGUUCUGCUGAGUAAUUGACUGAAGAGGAUUUGGUGUAGCCUACUGCUCUCAUUAGACAUUUCAGGUCAGUGCAAGAAGAGUCGGGCAAGGAAUUGGUCAUAGUCUACACUUGUCCCUCUGUGUCUCUAAAGUGGGCGCAAACAUGACGACUGAGAGCUCACAGCAACAUCUGGAGCCGUCUCAUCCUCUGAGAUGCAGCCCAGCAGCCGGUGUGAUGCACGGCACACUGAUGAGCGCACAGCCAGUGGCGGAGAGCUCACCAAAUGCAUCAACCAAAGGGAAAAAGGGAAACUCUGGCUUGAGGCGACCUGAGAAGCCGCCCUAUUCAUACAUCGCCCUUAUUGUGAUGGCUAUCCAAAGCUCCCCGACAAAGACGCUUACUCUGGCAGAAAUAUAUCAGUUCCUUCAGGCCCGUUUCCCGUUCUUUAUGGGGUCUUACCAGGGCUGGAAAAACUCAGUGAGGCACAACCUGUCUCUAAACGAAUGCUUCAUCAAACUGCCCAAGGGCCUCGGCAGACCAGGGAAGGGCCACUACUGGACCAUAGACCCGGGCAGCGAGUUUAUGUUCGAGGAGGGAUCCUUCCGUCGCAGACCUCGCGGAUUCCGUAGGAAAUGCCAAGCUCUGAAACCCAUGUAUCGAAUGAUGAAUGGCAUCGGUUUUGGUGCGUCAAUAAUGCCCCAAAACUUCGAUUUCCAGAACCCCUCCGCGUCCUUGGCAUGUCAUGCCAACGGUUACAACCUGGACGUGAUGGGGAACACGGUGCCAGGGAGCUACGACGGGCUGGGUGGAGGGCAUCAUGUCCCUCAUAUGUCGCCAAGCCCCGGGUCCACCUACAUGGCGGCCUGUCAGGUGUCGUCUAAUGGAGACUACUGCCCGGACAGCAGUAGUAGCCCUUUGCACUCUUCCCCGGCGACGAUGGCAGCGGGCACUUUGGACUGUCAUUCUCCCUACGCCAGUGCUUCUCCCUACGCCACUGCCCCCUCACACUGGGCAUCACCUGGUAUGUCUCCAUAUAUCAAGCAGCAAUCCCUGGCCUCAAACAGUCCCACAUCCUCCGCAUUGCACUCCAGCAUGUCCCCUUACUCUCUGGAGCAAAGCUAUCUCCAUCACAACGGAAGAGACUCAUCUGACAUUUCAGGUAGGCUUUACUUUCCUAACAAUAUAGGCAAACACAAUCUUUAAUUAGGCACAAUAUAAGGCCAAUUAUAAAAUAUACAACCCAUCAAAAAAUCGUCCACUCUGAUGGGUAGUUUGUAUUAAAUAGUGCGUAUUUAUAUUAGCUAUUUUAUUUGUAAGUAGUCGAGAUGGGCAACUGCAAAUUACAAAUCAGAGGGAAGAGGGCAUUGGGCCUAGUUAGGCAACACGGACAUUGCUCUGCUUGUCCACUUGUGACCAAAAGACAAAACUAUGAAAAUAUGACGAAAAAAAGAAACAAUAAUGUCAUAUUGAUAACAAUAUUAAAGCAAAUGCUAUUGCCAAGAUUAACAGAAUCAUUCCCAAUGAAGUUGAACAUGUAGCCUAGAUUUUAUUUUCAAGGCCUUAUUGAAAAUGAUAAUAUGACAACACCCAAUUAUGUGUAUAAUAAUAUACAAUAAUAUGUCAGUGAUGUCAACACUGAAUAAUGUUUUACUUAUCUAUAAAAAAUUGUUUAUUGUGACCAUUGUGAAGAUAGAACUGCCUGUGACCUUUGUACGCAAUGGUCUCCAAAAGGUCAUAGUUAUUGAACAACACGUAAAUGGUAUAACAAUAAUAUUACUGAAUUAAAUAAAUAGGUUCAACAGAAAUACCACUGCUGUUUCUGAAAUAGUUAUAGAUUUUACAGUUAUUAGGCUAAAGCAGCAUUAGCCCAAUAUUUUCAGGCGCGGAUUAAAUAGAAGGCAAAUUCAGGACUAAAUAGAGAGCAAAGUAUUUAUGGCAAAUAUUUAAAAUGUAAUGAAAAUAGAACGACACUUUUCUAGGAGAACAUUCAAAACAUUUUGAAAUGCUAGCCUUAUAUUUACAAAUAGGUCUAGUAUUUUAACAUUGUAAAAGUGAUGUUACAUAAAUUCGUUUUUUUCGUGAUCAUGUAAACUCUAAAUGAUAUGCAUGCAGUUGUUUAAGGAAAAAUGUAGCCUACCAUUUUAGAAAAAUAAUUUGAGUAUAUUCCAUUUGGAUAAAUACAACGUCCAAAUAGUGGCAUCUAUAGUCCUACAUACACGCGCCAUAGAGUGCAUUCAUUGUGUGUAUUAUAAUACGUUGGUAUAGUAUUUACAAGGUUUGUGUUUGACUGUCACGUCUCUUCCAUCUGUUUGCAGUGGGAUUAUCUCGAUACUCAAGCCAUUCAUCGCCAGUGUGUGACAGGAAAGAUUUUGUUUUGAACUUUAACGGAAUCUCUUCCUUUCACCCGGCGACUGCCAGUGGAUCUUACUACCACCAGCUACAUCACCAUCACCAGAGCGUAUAUCAGGACGUCAAGCCAUGCAUCAUGUGAAAUAAACGUAAUAAGACCAUUGCCAUCUUGGAUGAAGAUCACGUCAACUACACUAUAUACAAGCUAUACGCUUAUACCAUUUGUCCGGUAAAAAUAUUUCUGAUGAAUUAGGGGAAUGUAGGCUACAUACAAAACGUCAGUCACUCUAUUUGUCUGUGAGAAGGUCUGUGCCAUGACACCUUUCCGGAGAAAUGAAAAACGACUGAGUGCAUGAAGUAAAAAUUGAAAAAAUGCAUGUAUUGCCAUUGUCCAACACAUUAUAAAGGACUGCUCAGAGACAGCUCUUCCAUGCCAUGAUGUAUUCAGGAGUAAUUGUAUCGUUUAAUAUUGUAGGUUAGUGUUUGAGUACAAGUUAUCGACACGGAUAAAAUGCAAUAUCCAACCAUAUUAAAUGUGUUUACUGAAAAAUACAUGCACAUUCACCCCGAGUUAUCAUCACCUAUUUGCACUUAAAUCUAGACCCCAGAGUUUUAAAUAAAAGAUUUCGCUGUAGGCUACAGCAACCAAUAAAUAUAUGUAUAUUUUAAAACUGUUUGGGUUAGUUCUUAUUCAAGGGUAAAUGUAUACAGCGAGGGAGUUCUUUUGGGCCUACAAUUUCCCAAGAUCGAGUUUGAGACCAUAUGACCUCUUUAUGACAAAUUAGGUGUUUUGGUAUGUUGUUUUUGUUACUGCAAACCUUAAUAUAAAUGUUAUUAACACAAAUUAUUAUUGUUAUAGCAUACUAUUUGAAUUCAAUAAAUGCACUGCUGAC